AUGAUGAGUCAAGAUCAUAUUACUUGUAUUUCGAAAUCACUAUCGCUCGAUUCAUUAAGUACGCAACCAACUACAGAUACAUCUUUUCUUACUUCAACAAGAGAUCAACAAAAGAGUUUAAAAAUUUCUAAAGAUAACAAACGAAGAAAAGCAAUUUUACCAACACCACAUAAACCAAAACAAGAAUAUAAUCUGCUUGUAAUGAAUAGUAAAAAGGGUUUAAACAGUCAAGAACAAAAUAUAACAUUAAAAGAUAAUCGAAGUCAAUCUUAUGAUAAAGAUACAGCACAACUUGAGAAUAAUAAUAAGUGUAUGAAAACUUCGAAUAAGUUCUCACAGAUCGAUUCGAAUUGCGAAAUUGCGAGUUCUGUUGUCGAUAAUACAGAUAGACAAAAUCGAGUGCGGGAUGUUACUGUAGUUUUUGAUCAACAAAAGAACGAUGAUAAAAAUAAUAAAAUUAAUAUCUCGAAUCGCCUAACCAAAACUUUUGAAGAUAAUGAAUCAGAAAGUCAAUUGCAACCCGACGAAGAUAUGAAUUAUGAUAGUUUUGAUUCAUUCAUCAUACAAAAUUUUGUUCCGUUUUCAGGAACACAGAACGUAAUACAAUGGCUUGACGAAACCGAACAUAAAUUUAAUUAUUUUCAUAUCGGAAGGAAUCUUCGAUUCGAAGCUAUUUCUCUUUUAGUCGAAGGAGAUGCUAAACGCAAAUAUCUUAAAGUUCGAAAACAAAUUCAGUCAUUCGAUGAUUUUUAUGAAUUUUUGUUGUUGAAAUUUGACUCUACAGAUCACAUUUCGUUUCAGCCUAAGACUAGUAAAAUUGUCGAACAUACUUCUUGCGAUCCACCAGCUUCCUAUCAAACAAAAUUCACAAAUGAAUCAAAUCAGCUCGUUUCCAAUACUAGUAAAAGUCUUACUUCUACACAUCAUUCACCUAUGUUUAGUUCUACUGCUGUGGAUAAUUUUGGUGUCACCAAUGUUAUUGGUGAGAAACCAGCCAUAAAGUCUACAACAGUUUCAGAUAGUGUAUCUACCUCUAUUUUUGAUCAAACUCUGAAUGAUCUCCGAAAAGCUAUUGUUGGUAAUUUAAUUAAAAACCCAAAAACAUUUAAGGGAGGUAAAGAUGAUGUAAGCAAAUGGAUCGAAGAAAUCGAACAUCUUUUAGAUCUAGCACAUAUUCCAGAAGCUACUCGAUUAGAUUUGAUUUCUUACUCGUUGCGUGGUGAUGCAUUAGAAUGGUUUAAAAAUAAUCGUUCAUCUCUUACAUCCUGGAGUGUGUUUGUUUACGAAUUGAAGAGAGCCUUUACUUCUUCUUUUCAUGAAGAAUUAGCAUUCAAAAAACUUGAAUCGUAUUCUCAAGGACAAAAUCAAUCGAUUCACAGUUUUUUUAAUGAAGUCUUAAAACUAUGUAAGGAAGCAGAUUCCACCAUGAGUGAAGCAACAAAACUAAAAAAUCUUUUAAAUAAAACUAAGCCUAGCAUACAGUUCGAAGUACGUAAAAAGAAGCCUACGUCUACUGCUCAAUUUCUUGAGUAUGCUAAAGAAGCAGAAGAACUUAUGCAGCUUUCGAAUAUGACAAUCGAUAAUUCUGGCAAUCAAAGUAGUAUUCAGGUUGUACAACAACAACCAAUAUCAUCAUCGACAUCUAAUCCACCAUCAUCUAUAAAUCAAGCAUUUACUAAUGCAUCAAAUAACUAUCUGUCAAAUUAUCCUCGAGAUGUCGAUCGUAAUUAUCGAUUCUCAAAUGAUCGAAAUAUUAAUUCUAAUUCAAAAUUUCCAUCAUUUUCGUCUUCUAAAACGUCUCAAAGUAAAGUUCGAUUUAAUAAUAAUUUUUCACGACCUUAUCGACCGAGCUAUUCGAAUAACUCUGCUAAUAAGAAUUAUCAGAAAUUUCGACCACCACAAAAUACUUCUUCAAGUAAUACAUAUUCUCGUACACGUACUGCGAAUACUAUUGACCUAGUCAGUCCAUCAGCCAAUAUUGAGCCGUUACAUGAAACACUUUCAUCUAGUACUUGUAGUCGAUGUAGCCAGUUUGGACACGAGGCUUCGGCCUGUCCAAGUUUCUAA